AUGGCAACAACUCAAGAUCUUUCAUCGCUUUAUUCUAAUCACAACAAUGACAUCACUGGGAAAGAAAAUGCCAAUACUUUGACAAUACCACUUUAUAGAAAUCUUAUAGAAUCAUAUCUGCCCGAAUCAAUAUCUAUAGGUAACCAUUUUCUUCAAAAUGAAAAACAAUUGAAUGCAUGUUUCGAUGACAGCUCUCAUGAAGCUAGCCGCUAUGCUGGAAUAUUUAAAGGUUUCGAUGAACUAUUAUGGGGACAAUUCAUUGUCUGUCUUUAUAAAGAAACAGCUUCCAAGAAGUAUAAUGCAAUAAUGCUAGAUAAAUUAGGUCCAACUACUUUCAAUUCAAUAGACGUUUCGAAAGAUUCACAGUUUUAUGCUGCUAUUGAAAAUUUGAACACAACUAAUAGAAAAUCAACUUUAAGGAAAGCAAUUGCGGUUAUUCUCUUACAAAAAUUUGUUGAAAUACCAAAAGAAGGCGUACAUAAGAUUAUUCAACCAAAUAAGACAUUAAACUUUGAAUAUGAUCCACAAUAUGUUGGUGAAUUGACUAAUAGCUGUGAAGAAAUUUCAUCAUCGAAUCAUAAUAACAGUUCGAAUUCGUAUCAGGUAAUAUCAUUUAUGAAAAAACUUUACACAAUGGGAUCUUUCCAAAGAAAAUAUAUUAAUUCUACUCUGUUAGAUGUGGUUUAUGAAAAUAAUGAAUCAACAAUAGAAAUAAACAAUAGACUGGUUUUCCAUCUAGGCGAACAACUAGAGCAGUUAUUUAACCCUGUCAUAGAGUAUUCUCCUGAACAUACUGGAUACGUCUAUAAACCUCCUGAUGAAGAAGAAUCCACUUCAAAUAUUUCCAACAAUGGGAACGAUAAUUCCAAUGGAAAGAACGAUCAGGAGGAUAAUGCCUUGAUAAAGGCAAUUUGUAAUGAAUUAUUAGAAUUGCAAACGAAUUUCACUUUAAGUUUAGUAGAAUUUUUACAAAAUUUCCUAAUCGUAUUAAGAGUUAAAGUACUAAAUGAUGAAAUAGAUAGAUUGUCUACGAGGAAGUUAAAUAGAUUAUUUCCACCAACUAUUGAUGAAGUAACAAGAAUAAAUUGUAUAUUCUUAGACUCGUUGAAAGCAGCUAUACCUUAUGGUUCAUUAGAAGUCUUAAAGGCAUGUAGUAUGACAAUACCAUACUUCUAUAAAGCUUAUACUAGACAUGAAGCUGCGACAAAGAAUUUUAGUAAAGAUAUUAAAUCAUUCCUAAGAAAUUUUGAUGAUGCAAUUCCAAAAAAUCAAUCAUUGACUGAAAUGAAAAUCAGUACAAUUAUUAAUGGACCACAAGAAAAAUUACUAAAAGUGAAAUUGAUCAUUGAUAGAUUAUAUACUUCAAAGAAAAAUUGGAACAUUCCAAACAAAACCAAAGCUGAUAAAUACUAUAAUAAUAUAGUAGAUGUCGUUGAUUCAUUUGGAAAAUUGAGUAAUACAUCAUUAAGUUCCUCCUAUAAUACAAGAGUUUUCACACCUUCAGGGAAGAUUUUAACUGAAUUAGCAAAAGGUUGGCCUGUGGAAUUACAAUAUAAUUGGUUGAAAAGGCGUGUUGUCGGAGUCUUUGACAUAGUUGAUGAAACUUAUGGAGGAAGAAAGAAAUUGUUAGUAGUCUUUAGUGACUACAUUAUUUUCCUCAACAUCAUAAAUCCUGAUUCGUAUUAUUCGAUCGAAACUGAUAAUCAAGAUAACAGUCUUAUUAAGCCCCAUCUUUCUGAUAUUUUAAUGAAUUCAUUGAUCAAUGAAGUGCCAUUACCGGCGAAAAUCCCCAAGCUAGAGGUGGACAAUUAUUGUUAUAUCGAUGAUAUUUUUGCGUCAACAUUUGAGGAGAAUUAUUUAAGAUUCGAUGCGUUUAAGGAAGAUAAAUCAUUCUCUGUAUCUUACAGGCUUUCCACUGAAAGUACACCAGUAUCGACUGUUGCUGAUCUAAUUAUGAAGGCUAAGAUCCUAGAGAAAGAUACUGCGUUUCAUUUAUUCAAGGCAUCUUUCAAUAAUAUAACCCUUUAUUCUACAGCACAUGAAUUGGCUGCCUAUAAUACCGAAAAGAUUAAAGCGAAAUAUGCCUUAUUUUUAAAUAUUGAACCAUCGAAGGAGCUAUUAAUCCAAAAUGAUUUACAUAUGGCCAUAUUCGCCAAAUUUGCGAACGAAAAUGAAGGCAAAUUUAUCAACCUAGAUAUAUUAACAUCUACAGAGGUACAUAGAAAGGACACCUUUGAAGCAGCUAAGAUUAUCCCUGAAUUGAUAGGCCAGCUGUUGUUGGAAAUACCCAUUUAUCGUUCGUCAAUCGUUUCUUCCCAAGCUAUUAAGCUCAUGGCAAUAAACGAAGGUUUGGUUAAACAAUGCAUCUCAUGUUUAGAGAAAGAAACUCCAUCAAUACCCAUAACGGAUUCAUACAAUAAACCAGCGCAAACUGAUAAACAAGCAAAAGAGAAGCCAUAUGAAACUACUUUAACGUCUAAAAAUAUCGUCAAUAAUUCAAGAGCACUUAGAGGCAAAAGCGUAAAUACUAAAACAGCUGUCGAAAAAGAUAAUACUGUCAAAAAAAUAGAAAAAAAUACCAAUAAAAAGCUACCAUCAGCUAAAAAUUUGCCACGAAAGCAGACUGGUAAACUACCGACUAAUGUACCGAGCCAACUCUUAGCAAAGAAAGAAAAAAGAAGGAGUGGCCUGAUUACAGCUUUUAGAGGAAUAUUUGGAAGCAAGAAAAAUAAAGACGCCGAAAAGGGAAGGAAUCAACUGGAUGAUAAAUCAAAGAACUAUCAGAAAACUACCCCGAGACAGAAACUGGUACCAAAGGUAAGCCAAAAGGACUCGAUAAGGAAAGAAAAUACCACCCCACAGCCAAUUAAAAACGAAUCAGUUACAUCUUUCGCAAGAGUUUCAAAGAACCAAAAAAUAGAACCGCCCAUGCUUUCAGAGGAACAAAGAAUUACAUCGGUGAUACAUAACAGGCAAUAUACAGAAGAUAUUCAGGGAAACAAAGUAAUGAAUAAUUUGGACUCUGAGUCCAAAGAAAAUGUACUAUCAGAAACCGCCACGACCACGCCGCUGACCUCAAAAGAAAUUUCAGUAAGCUCUGACAAGCAACUUCGAACAGCCUUGGAAAGUCCUCCCGGAUCUAUUGGCAAUUCUGAGAAGGUUUUGCCAGAUCCUAAUCGUUCUUUAAGUAAUAAAAAUACUACAUCGAGAAUGCCACAAAUCCAGAUUUUUACCGAUGAUCUCUUCGGUGACUUUGUUAAACCACCUAGUCUGGAUAAACAAACUGCAAAACAAGAAGAAACUGAGUGUGACAAUGGAGAUGAAGAUGCAGAACAUUACCAAAAGCACCUACAAGAAGAUGCAUUGGGAGAGGGCGUCUCUUCAAAAGACAACUCCCCUUUACCUACAACUGCAAAUGCUACCUCUGAAAACCGUGGAUUUAUAGCCCCCUCUGAAAACCCUAGUUUUAGAGAUGGGGAAAUUCAGCAUGAAAAAGUAAAGAUAUUUCCAGAUAUCCCAAAAAUGCAACUCUCUAAAAUUCAGUUUGAUAGAUCAACGUCCUUCGUCGAAUUAUUUAAAGGUAUGAGAUUAGUUCUGGAUGACUCGGACGCGAAGUACAAUUGGAAGCGUAUACCAAGUGAGCAAGGCCUAAAUAUCAAUAAUUUGGUCAAUAACGCGACUACUAUCAAAAAUACGGAUAGAAACAUGGUAGGAAAUGAAAUUGAAAAGGUUAUACCCAAAGAAAAAUGUUAUUCAGAAGCGGCACAAGAACAAAGGCCUAGCACUCCAGAGAGUAGUUCGAAUAUAACCGAGGCAGAAGAAGAACCGAGAGAAGAAAAAGAAGGAGGACACAUCACCUCGCCUCAACCGGUUUUAAGUACUAUAGCAUUGUUACCAGAUCAAACUAGAAGGAGGCUACCAACUUUCAAAGUCACUAAAACAUCUCCAGUUCGGAUAAUAAAUAAAACUUUAAAUUCACCACAAAAAGUUGUUGGGAAAGUUGAAAACGAUUCCUGCUUUUCCUCUGAUGUGACUAUUGGUAAUAUUGAAAAUAAUAAACGUUUGCAUAAGCUUACCUUUCGAUCACAAGAGGAUGUUUUUGAUGCUAAGAUUUGCACGGCAUCGAGGGAGAAUAUUGACACCAUAGAAGCUACUGUUCAAGCUGACCGAAGUAAAAAUAAUGAAGAGCAAUCGAGUAAACUUCACGAUAGGUUAGCAAGAAGCGGGAGCAACGAAAAUCUAUUAGAAGCCUUUGAAUUUAGCUCAUUUAACAUGUCCUUUCAGGAUCUACCAGAAAACAAUGAAGAGUGUGUAACUAGCAUUCAUCCAGUUACAAUCCACGAUACGGUGGUUCCACCGUUACAGAAUCUAGAACCAGCACCUAUGGUCUACAGAUUAUCAAAUGAACAUUCCUCUAACAAGAAUAAAUUAGAGGCCGAUGACGAUCCAAUAUGGGUGUCUCCUAGUAAAUUAGAUCUCUUAAGUUCUAAUAAAUUGAGAGAUCGAGUUUUGGUAAAUAAGACUGAAAACGAAGCUUUGAGUAAUCAGAAGACGCCUAUUGCAUCUAUAAAAAACAAAAGUAUACCCUCUCAAAAACUGCUUGAUACAUCACUUAUAAGGAAUGCUUCAUAUGUUUAUCUGACUGAUUUCGUUGACUUUCAUGACGAUGAAAAGUAUGAAGAUAAACCAACUCGCCUACAGUUUCAAUAA